AAGCAAACAUGGGUUGUAGGGCCAAGCCGCUGCUCUUGCCAUUUGCCAUACAUAUGAAUUAAUUCAGUGUUUGACCAAAUGAUGAUUUCUUUCAUCCUUUCAAACAAUAAGGCAUAAGCAAUCUCUUCCAAAACUUUAGAACCAAAAUCCGCGCACAAAAGCUUUCUGGGGAAUAUCCCCGUUACAGCAUUCUUUUCUUUCCCUCCUUCUGUUUCCUUAUUGCUUACCUUUGAUACUUGAUAUCAAAUUCGUAUCAUAAGAACCCAUUGCAAACUUCAUACUAUAGCUCAGCUUCAUUACCGGCAGGAUAAUCUCUGUUCAAUACAGAAUGUAUCCAAAAGUUAAGGUUAGAACAGAAGGCCAAGAUGGUCAACUUGUUGGGCAUGAAAAGAAUUGGAAUUCUUUGCUUUCUUUCAAGGAUAUUCAGUUUCUCUUACUACAGGAUUCUUGUUUUCAAGGCACUUCUUGCUCUUGUCUAUUCUAUAUCAGUCUUUCUUUAUUUUCAUUUCUUCCUGGAUUUAUAUUUAUUUGCUAUUAAAUAUAUGGCUUUUUUUAUAGCGGUUUUGGCAUAAUUAAACUAUGCUGUUUAAUUCUACUAUCAUUGAUAUUUAUCUGCUAAGACUUUGUUGUUCAAAUCAUAUGAUCCCCUAAUUUGUUUUGAUGAAAAUGAUGGUCCUAUCAGCCUUUUUUUCCUGUUUAAUGUUAGACUAAGAUUCUUCCUUUUGGUAUUAUGAAAAUGGUAUUUGCUCUUUAGAACUGCCAGAAAUCCUCGUGGUUUUGGGGGGCGAGAAGAGAGUUGGGGAGGAAUAGGGAGGGGGAGCUGUUAUCAUUGUUUGAUGAGGAGUAUUCAACAGAAAUGAUCGUUUGCUGGGUGAUGAAUAAAUUGAUAGAACCGAAAAUUCUUGUCUAGGUUGUUCAUUGUGGAACUAAGACAAGUGGGAGCCGCAUGUUUGGGGUGAUGAUAGAUAAGGUCUGGCUAGGUUUUGACAGAACAUGAAAUAAAGAAGAGGUGGAAAACCAUUUAACUAGUGAGCUGCUUUCUUAUUUACCGAGGAGAGGAACUAUAGAACAUGAAAUCAGUGAAUAUCAUUUUCCUUUCCACAAUUUGGUGUUAGUUUGAUUUUUUGGAGUUUGAUCAUAUAUUCCCUAAUUACAUUUAUCAUUUUCAGUGAAGGAGUACCGAGAUGUUUCUAUGCCACCCAUUGCAAGAAUUUCCAAGCCUUAUGUACCAAACUUACUCCUGCAAACAGAGUCUGCUUCUGAAGAAGAAGACAAGAAAAGCCAUUUUGAUGAGGAGGAUAGACCAAAUAUUAGAGCUGGUUCAGUCCCUCGUCCACGUGCUGUCUUAUCUAGUCCUGACAAUGAUGCAGUGAUCGGAAAUAAAAACAGAGUCAAAGCAGUAAGACCUUCAGCUUUGAAGAAUCAUCAUUCUAUACAAAGUAGACAUGCACAAUGUAAGGUUGCCCCAAGUCAAGCAGUUGAUGAAAGUCCUCCGAACACGAGGAAGUCCAAGGACACUACUGAUAAUAAUCUUAAAGGAAAGAAAUGGUCAACUACUGCAAUAUCAAGCCCGAGAAGAAAUAUUACAACUAAUAAACCAAGCUCUGUAAGAAUCUCAUAGUUGGUUCAAUACUGAGAGCCUUUUUGUUUCCUUGGGAAUACCAUAGGCUUUGUGACAAAUUACGUUUCUUCAUUACUAAUGAAAAUACAUGAAGAGGCAAGAAAGAAAGGUUGAUGCUGA